AUGGAAUCGUUUGAGGUUUCUGUCACCGAGUCCACCGACAUCAUCAAACCCUACGAUCCCUUUACGGGUCCCCUCAAGUCUGUCGCGCCUUGGAAUUACACUUUCCUCGCCUGUCUGAUGUUCAUUGUGACUUCUCUGUCUCUAACAGAGAACUUCGCCGUUAUGCUGGUGACGUUUAAAUUUAAACAGCUAAGAAAGCCGUUGAAUUAUAUAAUAGUCAAUUUAUCCGUUGCUGAUUUUCUAGUUUCACUUAUAGGAGGCACUAUAAGUUUUUUGACUAAUGCGCGGGGUUACUUCUUCCUCGGCGUCUGGGCGUGUGUGCUGGAGGGAUUUGCUGUCACUUUUUUCGGGAUUGUGGCUCUGUGGUCUUUAGCAAUCUUGGCAUUUGAGCGCUUUUUUUUCAUCUGCCGCCCUCUGAAAAAUGUCCGGCUGGGAGGAAAGCAUGCAGCUAUGGGUCUUAUUUUUGUAUGGACCUUUUCCUUCAUCUGGACAUUUCCACCAGUUCUGGGCUGGAGCAGUUAUACAGUCAGCAAAAUUGGCACCACCUGUGAACCUAACUGGUACUCUACUGAUUACUAUGACCACACCUACAUCAUCACCUUUUUCACCACAUGUUUUAUCCUUCCUCUUGGCGUGAUCGUUAUCUCCUAUGGUAAACUUAUGCAGAAGCUAAGAAAGGUAUCGAACACCCAUGGAAGGCUGGGUAAUGCACGUAAACCUGACAGAGAGGUGGUGAGGAUGGUUAUUGUGAUGAUAGUAGCAUUCAUGGUCGGAUGGACACCUUAUGCAGCAUUCUCAAUUACUGUCACAGCCUGUCCCACAAUCCAUAUUGAUCCUCGACUUGGCUCAAUACCAGCCUUCUUCUCAAAGACUGCAGCUGUUUACAACCCCAUAAUUUACGUCUUCAUGAACAAACAGUUCAGGAAGUGUCUGAUCCAGAUGUUUAAAGGAAAUGGCACCAGUCUUGACUCCACCCAUUUGAAUCAGACAUCAGACAAAGGGGCCAUCACUACAACAGUAGAUAGUCACCUCGUAGACAUGUCCAUGUACAAAAUGGAGAAGAGUAAGGAAGAAGAGGAGGAACCAGAGCAGAGUGGAAAUGGAGGUCCAAAGCAGCUUCCUUUAUCUGAGAAUAGGAUGUGUCCUAUGUAGAGGAGUGCAUAUACUGUAUGUCAGAAUGUAUGGUUUGUGUUUACAUAUGGGCAAAUUUCUGUUGAUGUUUGUAUUCCUUUAUGUUGUGCCGAUGUGCAAUCAGUGUUGGCGUGUCUAUGUACUUGUCAGUAUUGCAUUGUACUGCCUUACUUUAUGUAAAUCCUGUGAACCUGCAAAAUGAAGGAGGCAGGCAAAUCAUUUCUGUGCUGAGAUUGAGCAAGUGUUAUCUCACUGUUUUGUUAAUGGCACACUGUUAUAUCAGUCCAGAUAAAGAUACUUGCAAAGUAAAAAAAAAAGAAAGAAAGAAAAACUGCUAAAUUUGACCAUGUAAAGUGCAUCUGGUCAUAAUAGUCCAGCAGUAUUGCAAUAACAUUAGUCUCUUCCAGAGUUCUCUUGUGGAAACAAAACAUGUUUGUUAUAGUAGACUUAAGUGAAUUGGUUCAAAGACCAAAAGAGAAUGUGAGUGGCUGAACAAUCAUGCUUCACGUUUUAGUAAUGCAUGUGUGAGAAAUGAAUCUUUUUCUGAAGUUAUCAAAAUAUUCUUCGGGCUUAGAUUCUCUAAUUUUUAAUAGAGCUUCCUUAAUGUCUAUAUCCACAAAAUAUAACACAUUACUGUAUUUGAUGCCAUAAUAAUUCAUUAUGGUGAACUAACAGACAUGUCAGACAUGACUGGCAGCGUAUCUGCUUUGCAGCUCAGUAUUAAGCCAUGAAAUUAAUAUAAGAUCAACAUCUAUGAUAAAUGUGUUUCAUGUUUGUUCACUAUGAUUUCAUAGUAUUUAUUGUUUUGAACAGUUUAAUUUUAAUAAAUGUAUCAUACUGUAUUUGUUUACAGUACAUUGAGAUAUGUGUUUCAGUUUAUUGUCAGAAUGUCAAAUUAUGUCAAAAUGUUUGGUGUUUCCUCAGAUUUCUUGUGUCCACGGUAAAUACUGAUAUUGAUGUUGAUUUGUGGCAUGCUAAUGAAUGUUUCACUUCUGUAUUUAUUUAUCUAAAUCUUCUUGGAUUAUAUAAAUCAUUUAGAUUUGGUGUG